GCGCGGGCUCGCUGCCAAGGGGGAAGGAGGGGUGGCCUGGGGGGAAAGAUGGCGGCGGCGCGGGAAAAGGGGAAGGUUGUGAGGCGUGGUGAGUCCUGGUCCCCCUUCGUACCGGGCUCCAUCGUCAGGAUCUUCAUGAAGAAUUUUCUAACAUACACUGUCUGUGAGGUACAUCCAGGGCCCAACCUGAACGUGGUUGUAGGUGCCAAUGGCACAGGCAAGUCAAGCAUUGUUUGUGCCAUCUGCCUGGGACUGGCUGGAAAACCUGCUUUCUUAGGGCGAGCUGAUAAGAUUGGUCUGUUUGUGAAGCAGGGGUGCAUGAAAGGCAUAGUGGAAAUUGAACUGUUUAAGUCACCAGACAAUAUUAUUGUCACACGUGAGAUUUAUGUGGUGAAUAAUGCAUCAGUGUGGUUUAUCAACGGAAAACCAGCGACCCUGAAAACAGUAGAAGAACAAAUUGCAGCCUUAAACAUCCAAGUGGACAAUUUGUGCCAGUUUCUUCCUCAGGACAAAGUUGGAGAAUUUACGAAACUGAGUAAGACUGAGUUGCUCGAAGCCACUGAGAAAUCCAUUGGUUCUCCAGAAAUGUACCAGUUUCAUUGCGAACUGAAAAAUUUCAGAGAAAAGGAAAGAGAACUAGAGAACUUGUGCAGAGAAAAAACGACCUCAUUGGAGAAAAUGAAACAGAGGGUUGAACGGUACAAGCAAGAUGUUGAAAGAUACCAUGAAUGCAAACGCCAUGUAGACUUAAUAGAGAUGCUUGAGAGGAAAAGGCCAUGGGUGGAAUAUGAAAAUGUUCGUGAACAGCAUGAAGAAGUGAAACAGUGCCGAAACCAAGUUAAGAAAGAACUGAAGUGUCUGAGAGAAAUGCAGGCCCCAUGGACAAGGAAAAUCCAGGAAGCUGAAGAAAAUUUAAACAAUCUGGAUAUGAAAACCAGAGAUAAUACUGCUGAAAUCAGAAAUAUUUCCCAGAAAUGUAAAGAGAAACAAGAUGCUUUGGAGAUGAAGGAUAAACAGAUUGAAGAAAUUAAUCAAGCAUUCAGAAUGAAAAAAGAUGAAGAAACAAACAGGCAGAAGAAAAUACACCAAACUCAAAAAAUAAUAGAAGAGUGGCAGAAUGAGCUGGCUACAAUGGCAGUCUGUGAGAAUCUUCAGCCAAAAAUUGAUGCUGUUAAUAGUGAACUGAAAAAAUUACAAGAAGAGAAGGCAAAUAUUGAUAAUGAUGUCAGUGAUCUAAGAGCAGAAAAAAAAAACCAAGAACAGGAAGAGAAAAGAAUAAUUGAUCGCCUUGGACAACUUAAUAAUAUAAUGCAUAUGAAGGAAGAGAACCUUAAAAUGAGAUUCCGAGACACGCACUCUGCUCUUAUGUGGCUAAGAAACAACAAAGACAAGUUUAAAAAAAAAACUUGUGAACCCAUGAUGCUUGAAAUCAAUAUGAAAGACAGUAGACAUGCAAAAUACGUUGAAAAUCACAUUUCUUCCAAUGACAUGAGGGCUUUCGUUUUUGAGUGUCAAGAAGAUAUGGAGACAUUUCUGGUGGAGGUGCGUGAUCGUCAGAAACUAAGAGUGAAUGCUGUAUGUGCACCUCCUGAAUCAUGUGUUGAAAAUUUACCUUCAAGACCUAUUGAAGAAUUACACCGAUAUGGAUUUUAUUCAUAUUUACGAGAGUUAUUUGAUGCUCCUCCUCCUGUGAUGAGUUACCUUUGUUACCAGUACCAUGUUCAUGAUGUUCCUGUGGGAACACAGAAGACCAGAGACAUGAUUGAAAGGGUCAUACAGGAAACCAAUCUGAGGCAAAUGUAUACAGCGGAAGAAAAAUAUGUUAUUAAAGUAUCUUCUUACACAAAACAAAACAUCUCUAGUAACAUGUGCUUGAAGGAGGCACAGUAUCUCACUAGUUCAGUGGAUACAGAGGAGAGAGGACAGUUGGAAAACCAACGACAGGACAUCAUUAAUACGUUAAAGUCAUUGGAUACACGUUUGACUGCACUGUUUGAGAGACAGAAACUUCUGGAUCACAAGGACAAUAAGCUCAGACAAGAGAAGAAGGAGCUUUUAGAAAGAGGAAACCGGAGGAGGCAGUUGGAAUCAAAAAUUGGUGUGAAGUAUGAUAGUUUAAGACAGCUGGAGCAAGAUGCUAUUGACCUAGAGAAGGAAUUUCAGCUGGCAAAUGUAAAGAUCAAAGAAAUAAAUAAACAAAAAGCAGAACUUGUUACUGAAUUGAUGCAUCUCAUGAAGAGAAUCGUACCAUUGAACAUCAUCAAAGUAGAUUUGGCUUUUCAGAUGACCAGGGUGACAGCUAAGAAGAACAGACUGCAAUCAGAGUACAAAGCAGGAACUGUACAGCUAAGAGCUGCACAGCAACGUUUUCAUGAACUGGAUAAUAGGAAGCAACUUCUUUAUGAGAAGUGCAAGGAAUUGAUGAAACAGGCUCAACACAUCUGUAGAUUGGGUCCGAAUCAAGAUUUUCCAGAAGAAUUUAAAGUUGCUUUUCAGACUCUUCCAAACACAUUGGAGGAAAUUGAUGCUUUUCUGAAUGAAGAAAAAACCAGGGCUUCCUGUUUCACAGGCCUCAGUGCUUCAGUUGUUGAAGAAUACAAUAAGCAAACACAAGAAAUACAGCAGUUAACAGAAUAUCUAGAGGAAAAGAAAAAUGAGUUGAAUAACUAUAAGCAAAACAUUUCACAGGUCAAAGAAAAGUGGCUAAAUCUCUUGAAAGUGAUGAUUGAACAAAUUAAUGGAAAGUUCAGUAAGUUCUUUAGUUCUAUGCAAUGUGUUGGUGAAGUUGAUCUUCAUAUGGAAAAUGAGGAGGAGUAUGAGAAGUAUGGAAUUCGCAUCAGAGUCAAAUUCCACAGUAGCACUGAACUUCAUGAAUUGACUCCAUAUCAUCAUAGUGGAGGUGAGAAGACUGUUUCCACUAUGUUAUACCUGAUGGCUCUACAAGAACUCAACAGAUGUCCUUUCAGGGUUGUUGAUGAAAUAAAUCAGGGAAUGGAUCCAAUGAAUGAGAGAAGAGUUUUUGAAAUGGUUGUGGAAACUGCUUGUAAAAAAAGGACGUCUCAGUACUUCCUCAUUACACCAAAGGACAGUCAGGCAAGAAUUCAGACAACUUAGACCAAGGCUCAUCUCCUCAGAAACCUGCUUUGGACUUGUGGCCCCACUGGAAGUACCAUGUGUUAGCCGCCAGUGGACAGGGUUGCCAUGGAAAAGGCUGUAAAAGGUAAUGCCUCUAGCUAACACAAAAUUCAGACUAUAGCAGAGACCAGCUUCCAGACAAGUCAGAUGAUGAUACUGGAGGAGGAGAAGGCCAGUGCUGCUGACAUCAGAACUAGAAGAGUCCCACAUGAUCACUUGAAUAGUUUUCUUGUAUUAAUCUGAGAUUUAGAGGAUCAUAAAAGAUGAGAUCUAUGCUCUGAGAGUGACCAGUUUAAUUGUACUCUUUGGUCAAAAUUUUGAAAAAGGCAGUUUUACUUGCUAGUGAUGCAGUGCCAAAUCUUGAAAGGGGUAAAUAGGGUGGCUGUCCACCUGCACCUUUAACAGAGACUAAUGUUAUGUUGAGCUUGAUCCAAGACAAAUUGAAACAGUCAGUAUUACUUGUACACCAGGGAGACGAGCAGACAGUAAGUGUGCUGGUUUUCAUUAAGAUAUCACUCCUGUAUCUCUUUAUACACUGUAUUUUAGAAAAUCUGGCUGGUAUGUCCAGUUUUUUUCAGUAAGUAGCAAUUGAAGGGUCUGAGUAAGGCCACCUCAUAGCAUUUACCUUACUGGAAGGAGAUGGAAGGUAACGCUUGUUGUUGUUGUCCUUCUGAUCUUGCAGUAUGCUUACCUCCAUGCAGUUCGGUCAUUUCCUGACCCGCAUUACUUCUUUGUUGUUCUGUGUUAUCUAUUCCCUUUUGUCUUCUUGUGAUUACUCUCCUUAUGUAAUCAGGUUUCUGUGCACUUUCCUACUUAGAGAAAGAACAGAAUUAUUUGGAUGCUGAAAGAUAGAUAGCUCAACUAACUCUAAUGCUUCCCAAAUUUAAGGAGUUGUAGAAAAUUGCUAUCUGGGGUCCAGAGUCUGUUGUAAAGGUUGAGUCUUGUGUCAAAUUACUAAGAAUAGAGACAGGGAAAAAUUGAGUAUGCAGAGCUAACCAGAAAGAUCAAAAUUAAAAUUAAAAAGCAGAAUUUUAAAAAUCUCCAAACUUUAAAAAAACCAAAAAAAGUCAACAUCAUGGUAAGAGGAGACUCGAGGACUAUGUUGCGGCAUUAUUCAGCAGUAAGAGACAGGGUUAUGGAGAGGGGGCUGAAGAUACUCUUUGUGCCUCCUUCCCUCUUCCCCCCACAAGCAGGUGACAUGGCAAGUUACAGUGACUUGUCACAAGAAGAAUUAGUGAGAGAGCAUGUUGUGUAAAGGUUUAGUUGAUUAAGAGUGUUUGUGUGGGCUGCAUCAGAGGAUAAUUAAAAAGGCUGCACAGGGUGAGCUGACAAGACCAGACUCUGCUGUUCAUGGCUUACCUGCAUGAAAGUUCCUGAGCCCCUGCUAUAUAUCACCACUUACUAGAAAGUGGGACAAUUUGUUGUACUAAGCCAAGUUCUAUGUGUGUACCCAGUGGAUACAGGAAAAACUGCAACCCUUUUUUUCAGGGUAUUGACACCUCCCCUGGUUGUAUUUUUAAGCAAGCUGCAGAGGGAAGGAGUAUAAAUUAAUAUGCAGUAAAGUUAAUUAGGAAUACUGUAUUUUGAGUAGUUGUGAUUUGCUGUCAUAAUGAGUAGAUGAACUAAUAUGUUCUUAGAAGUGGGUUUGAAAAUUAGUAUUUUUAAUACAAAUCUGGUGAAACAUGACGUUUAUUAAGCAUACGGAAAACUCCCAUGUUGGGAGUUAAUCCUUUUUUUGCUGUAAAGUGAAAUUCUAAAUAAUCUUAGGUUAGGUAAAUUUUAUUGAAAACAGGAUUCAUUUCAGUACAGACAAACAAAAAAUUUUGUAUUUAAGUGGGAAAAAUCAACAACAGCAUCUGUUGUAAUGCCUAAAUGUCUGGGGAGAGGAAGUGACAAGUUGAGCAUCAGUGGCAGGUAAAUUAUUCAAUGUCAUCCUGAGCACUGCUUAUAAUCUAUGGUUUGCAUGACAUCUUUGUCUGCUGGGCUUGUGUUUGGCACAGUGUGGAUUAUCAUAAGUAUCCAACUUUGGCUGUUACAAUUCAGAAAAGUAGUGCAGGCGCUGGAAUUACUCCAGAAGGUAGCAGUGCAGCUUCUAAGUAAUUUUGAUCGUUCUGAGUUUCCACUAGUGGAAAUUGCUUAGCUCAGAGAAGCACAAGGCUAAAGAGAGACAUAGAUUUACUUUUAAUUGUACUGUCUCCUGUCUUGCCCUGGGGAAAAAAGGAAAAAACAUUAUUCUGUGUCCACAGAGGAGUGGUGGUAUUCUCUGGAUACAGCAAAAAAGCAGUGAGGUCAAUGACAGAGAAGGUACAGAUUAGAUACUAAAAUUUUCCUCUAAUAAGAAUAGUGAUGCAUGGAAAUUGGCUGAAGAAUGAGUCCCUUUGACGGGGUUUCUAGGAACAAAUACACUUCAUUUGUCAGGUUGUAAUCCUAGUAUCAUGAUAUUUUUGAGAUCCAAGGUUUUUCAUAGAUCUUAUUCAGCUUUUUUAGAUAAUGGGGAACAUCUAGCUAUUUUGA